AGCCGUGGGACUCUGGCAGCACUUGAAACUGAAUUUCCUUGGUUUGAGAAAUCAAGCAAACAGCAGCAGUCCACAGUGUCAGAGGCAGUACCAGUCACCACUACACACUCCCAGCCACCUCCUACCACUUCCCAACAGUCCACACUAGACAUUGAUGACCAUUUUGAUGUUGUAUCUGAACUGGGUGACGUGGCUCACGUGUGGAAGUCACUGGGAGGAGCUCUCAGACUACGACAGCCUGACCUCGAUAGAAUCAAAGCUGAUCACCAACAAGACUCAAGGAGCUGUCUGGAAAAGAUGGUGACCGAGUGGCUGAACCAGUCUUACAACACGGAGCGUUUCGGACUGCCUUCGUGGAAGAUGUUGGUGGAGGCAGUGGCCCAUCGCAAUGGGGGGAACAACAACGCCCUUGCCAUACACAUUGCCACCAAGUACAAAGUGCCAGCUCCAGCCCAGAACUGAGUCUCAGGAAAUCCCAACAUUCUCUCCAGAACCCCUCCUCCAGUCUGCUAGGACUCUCUCUUUGGACACCCCUCGGAUUUUGAUUGCCUCGGAUUACAUAAUAACAUUGACGUAUGGUCUCUGUAGCUAGUUAGAAUGCUGUUUCUUAGUUGUGAGGUUAAAUUUUCAACACAACACAGCAAGCAUAAUUGGCAAGUAGAACAAGUCUACCUAAUCUUCUUUUCCACAUUACAGUUGAACCUCCGAUAAGGGACCCUCCGAA